UUUACCCACAAAUAAAACGACCUUAGAGACUUCUCUUCGCAGAUUGUCAGAACGUUCUACAUAGAUGUGGAUGAAAGACCCCAGAAGGAAGGAGCAACAAACGUCAAAAACAAAACAUGGCUGUAAACUCUGCUGGGUUUGUUAAAUGGAUUCUUUUCAGAAUUUGGCUAAUGACUGAAAAUCUAAGUUCCAGCUCAACUAGUAUAUGAUUCCUCUGUAAGGAAGUGUAUUUUUAAACCAUAGGUUGCAACAUAAUAAUGGGUUGUGGAUUCGGUUUACGGCGUGGUGACCAGCGUAAAACACAUGCAUAAUAUUUGCGCAAUAUUAUAGAAUGUCGGGGGCGGGAAGGGAAGAGAAUAAAAAUUUGCAUCCCACACAGUAAGGGUCCUUGAUUAUCGGCGAGUCACUGAGGUUCCGAGAGGGGUGUCUCGGCUAAGGCAAACAGCGACCCAACCGCCUCCCGCUAUCUGACCUCCGCCAAGGUGACGCGGCUUAAAGUCAACCGGCGGAAGGGGAGUGGAACGGGACGCGUGCGUGGGAGCGCGCAUGCGCGUACGUGCGUGGGAGCGCGCAUGCGCGUACGUGCGUGUGCGCGUGCGCGCGCGCUCGAGAGCGUCAUCGUCUAGGACGGUGUUAUCCCUGUUACAGGUAUCGCUCGCUACCCUCCUCCUUCGCCCCUGCUUUCCUCCUUUACAUUCAAAUCAAGUCGGGGUUGAAUUUCGAGAGGGGAGUCCGAGGAUCUGGGGCCUGAUUUCUUUUUCUCUCGCCAUUCUUCUUCGGGGAAUGUGUUUCUGAUCAUCUGAAUCUUAAUCAUGUCCAACUGCCUGCAAAAUUUCCUGAAAAUUACAAGCACUCAUCUUCUAUGUUCAAGAUUACGCCAACAGUUAACAAGAAGUAAAAGGAAGUUUUUCGGAACUGUGCCAAUAUCCGGAUUGCAUAGGCGAGUUGUCAUUACAGGCAUUGGCUUAGUGACUCCUCUUGGUGUUGGAACUCACCUGGUUUGGGAUCGUCUUAUCGGAGGAAAGAGUGGAAUUGUUCCACUGGUUGGUGAAGAGUAUAAGAGUAUCCCUUGCAGUGUUGCUGCUUAUGUGCCAAGAGGUAGUGAUGAAGGUCAGUUCAAUGAACAAAACUUUGUGUCCAAAUCAGAUAUCAAGUCCAUGUCUUCUCCCACCAUCAUGGCCAUUGGGGCUGCAGAAUUAGCCAUGAAGGAUUCUGGCUGGCAUCCUCAGUCAGAAGCUGAUCAAGCGGCUACUGGUGUUGCAAUUGGCAUGGGAAUGAUUCCUCUUGAAGUUGUUUCUGAAACUGCUUUGAAUUUUCAGACAAAAGGUUACAAUAAAGUUAGCCCGUUUUUUGUCCCUAAGAUUCUGGUCAAUAUGGCAGCAGGCCAGGUCAGCAUUCGAUAUAAACUCAAGGGCCCAAAUCAUGCAGUAUCCACAGCCUGUACCACAGGAGCUCAUGCUGUGGGAGACUCUUUUAGAUUUAUAGCCCAUGGUGAUGCUGAUGUGAUGGUGGCUGGAGGUACAGAUUCUUGUAUUAGCCCUUUAUCUCUUGCUGGGUUUUCCAGAGCCCGGGCUCUGAGCACAAACUCAGAUCCCAAGUUGGCAUGUCGACCAUUUCAUCCAAAGAGAGAUGGUUUUGUAAUGGGAGAAGGUGCAGCUGUGCUGGUGCUGGAAGAAUAUGAACAUGCUGUUCAAAGAAGAGCCCGGAUCUAUGCAGAAGUUUUGGGCUAUGGACUCUCAGGUGAUGCUGGUCACAUAACUGCCCCUGAUCCUGAAGGAGAAGGUGCCUUAAGGUGUAUGGCUGCUGCUUUAAAAGAUGCAGGUGUACAGCCUGAAGAGAUAUCCUAUAUCAAUGCACAUGCUACUUCCACACCGUUGGGAGAUGCUGCUGAAAACAAAGCUAUCAAACAUCUCUUCAAAGACCAUGCAUAUGCCCUUGCAGUUUCCUCAACUAAGGGAGCAACAGGACAUCUGCUGGGAGCUGCAGGGGCGGUCGAGGCAGCUUUUACCACAUUAGCUUGUUAUUAUCAAAAACUACCACCUACUUUAAACCUGGAUUGUACAGAACCAGAAUUUGAUCUCAACUAUGUUCCACUAAAGGCACAGGAAUGGAAAACUGAGAAAAGAUUUAUUGGCCUCACCAAUUCCUUUGGUUUUGGUGGUACUAAUGCAACACUUUGUAUUGCUGGACUGUAGAACAAAUCAUUUGUAAUUAAAUACUGAUUUUUAAAUGUUA